UCACACUCACUGUCACUCAAUCUGUAUCCGUGUUCAAAGACCAGGACUUAGACCUAAGUCUUAGAUCUAAAUCUAGAGUAGUCUGAUCUAGAUCUAUUAUAAAUAAAGAAAUCGGUAAAACUUCCCAUCGAAGGCCCCUUUUGAAGAAUGUUACGCAAAUUUUAAACCUUGAGAAGAAGAAUGAAAACAAAUGUUGUCUUGGAUUAUUAUGAAGAUUGACACAUCAGAUCCAUUACAUUUUGCUACUCAUGGAUCUAUGAUGAGAUGAAGGAGAUAAACAAGAACCACACAGUUAUUAUUGAAAUAACUCCUUUGGCGCUGUUGAAGUAGUACAGUUUUCUUAUACCGAUAAAUAGUUGACUCAUUUAAGACUGCACCACCGAUGUGCUAAAAAGUUAUUUCCACUAUGGGAAACAAAAUCAGUGAUGGAUUUAGUAAAAUCAGGACCAAAGCUAAUAGGAAGCGCACAUCUGAAACACCGUCCACAAAUGUUAUCCACAGUAGUGGAAUUUCUUCUCCGAGUAGAGAGUUGCCUCCCAUUCCAACACCAACAUCAACAAAAGUAAUAGUUCGAGCCCUGUAUGACUUUGCUGGUGUAAGUGAUGAUGAUCUGUCUUUCAAAAAAGGUGAUAAGCUAGAGAUAGAACAAUCAAACAUUACAGAUCAAGAGGACUGGUGGCUAGCUAGACAUACUAGAACCAAUGCUACUGGAUACAUUCCAAGUAAUUAUGUUGUUAAAGCUGAUGAAUCUCCACAGAGCCAAGACUGGUGGUAUAACUUUGACAGACAUGAAGCAGAGAGGAGGUUGCUCUUACCAGGACAUAAAACUGGAACUUUUUUGAUUCGUCCUGCUGGAGACAAUUUGUCUUAUGUUCUCUCUGUCCUUGAUCUUGGAACAACUAAAGGAUGUGACCCAACUAUUAAGCAUUACCGUAUCAAAACCAUGGACAAUGGGGACUUCUAUAUUAGCACAAACAGGCAGUUUAAAGAUUUGGCAGCACUUAUUACUUUCUAUCAAAGCAAGAACUCCACAGGUCUGUGUUGUCCCUUACAUAUACCAUGCCCACGGAUGAAACCUAUUCCAAUCUUUGAUGAGCUGGAAGUGAAAAGAGAUGCAGUUUUGCUGACCACUAAACUAGGUGCAGGCUGUUUUGGUGAAGUAUGGAAAGGAAAACUUCAUAAAGUAUUAGAUGUUGCUGUUAAACAGUUAAAGAAAGACUCCAUGUCUUCUGAGGCCUUCCUUGAUGAAGCCAGGAUAAUGCACAAACUCUACCAUGACAGGAUAGUGCGGUUACUGGGAGUUGUUUUGAAUGCCGAGCCAUUUUUAAUCAUCACAGAGCUGAUGAUUCAUGGAGCCCUGCUAGAUUUUCUACAUUCUGAAUCUGGAAAGAAACUAAAAUUUUCUCAUUUGAUAAGCAUGAAUUCACAGAUUGCUGAAGGCAUGGCAUUUUUAGAGGUCAAAGGAUACAUUCACAGAGAUCUCAGAGCAGCCAACAUUCUUGUAGGAGAACAAUACUGUGUCAAAAUAGCAGAUUUGGGCUUGGCAAGGUCAUUAAAGGAGGAUGUAUAUAAUGCCCAUCAAGAUGCUAAGUUUCCCAUUAAAUGGACAGCACCUGAAGCAGCUCAUGAAAGAAAAUUCACAACAAAAUCAGAUGUAUGGUCCUUUGGUGUACUUAUGUAUGAAAUUAUUACUUUUGGGAAAGUGCCCUAUCCAGGCAUGAAUGGUAGUGAGGUCUUGCGCAUGAUUGAACGAGGAGAACGUAUGGCUAUGCCAGCUCAUAACCCCAUUCCCAUACCAGUACAGUACUAUGAGUUGAUGAAGAAGUGCUGGCAUCAGAAUCCAGAUGACAGGCCAACAUUUGAAAGUCUACAUGAUUUAUUUGACAAUUAUACCAUCAGCACUGAAGAGCAAUAUCUUUGAACGAGGCUUUUUUUUUUAACUUUAAAAAUCUGCAAGGUUAAAUAAGUUAUUAUGGCUUUAGUACUACUUGUAAAUACUGUCUGAAACAACAACUGACAUACUAUAUAUAUUGAUUUUACUGUUGCUGGUACUAUUACCCUAAUAACAAUCUGAUUGUUGUGAUCAACAAAUACAUAAAUAUAAGACACUCAGAGAUAACACAAAUAUAAUGUAUCUUGUGAAUGGAAUUGACCUAUGUAUCAUUUUAGUUCUCAUGUUUAUGUUUGUAAUGUUAUCACGGUGCCUUGAGCCUACAUCAUGUUUGUUAACAGCGCUCUAUAAUUUAAAUUGUUAUUAUUAUUAUUAUUUUUAAGUUAUAACAAAUACAUUGUAUUUUAUUAAUGGAAGUUGUGGUAAAGCCUUCAUCUCCAUAUCAUAUAUACUGACAUAAUGAAAUUAUGUUAUAUGCUUAUUAAGAUAAAAUGUCUUCUCAAUAAUUAAUAUAUACAAUUUAUAUUGUGCCAAAAAAACAAAACAACAAAAGAUCUUAUCAUGAAAGACACUAGAACAAAAUUGAAUGACAUUCAAUGUAAUGAUAUCCUUCUUCAAGUUAUAAUUUUUACUUUUGAUUUUGAAGAAGCUUUAAUGUUAAAACUCAUCUUCCUGUGUCUUUUGUACACGAAAAUGUGACAAACUUGGGUAUAAGUUCUUGACUGUAUGUUGUGGAGUUUUCGUUUUAGAAACAUUGAACUGUUUUCCCAGAAUUAAAAAACAAUUGUUAAUAACAUGUUUAUGUUUUUUUGGUGCAUAGUUGUUUUUGUUUUUUUAAUGGAAUCAAAUAAAAUCCCUUCAUUUGAAGGCUGAGAACCCCUUGGAACAGUUUCUAUGGUUAAAAAUUGAUAAAUCAAUUAUUUCAAUAUACACAAGUUUUGCCUCUAUCAUCUAUACAUCAGACUCCCUUGAAACCUAUAGCCUCUGAGACUUAGAUUUAAAGAUAAGUGGAGUCUGCAGAGUGCAGCUUGAAAUAGUGUUUUUUUUAAAGUGAUGUUAAAUGUUUACUACCAACAAAGGUAUAGUUGUAUAUUAAUGAUACUGGUAAAGUGUUGUGAUUCCUUUUGAUGAUUUGUUUGCUGUAAUCAAAAAUGUCUUUCCAUUUGUCAACAGACAUAUAUGGCAAUCUAUUGUGUUUCCUUGAACAUAUUUAAAACAUUUCAGUUGAAAAACAUAAUCCUAAACAAAAAUUAUGGGCCAUUCUGGUUAAUCAGGCCAUCUGCUUUUUUGCAAAUAAUCAAUAAAUACCAAAUUCAUUUUGUAAUCAGACCAACUGUUUAUCCUGACAAGAUAGCAGAACAUAAAGGCAUUGACAUAAGGUUGUUCUUUCUUCUGUGAUGUGUCUAUCCACGUGCCAUGAUCAGAAUUGUCAUUUCCAAUGUUACACUUUAUUCCUUGUUGAAAUUUCUACCAUCAAACUGUGCCUUGUACAAAUAUUUGUUCUUAUGAAUUCAUUGACUAAUGUGUCACUUUUAUUUCUAAAGGGAUUAUGUGACUCUCAAUCUGUGCCUUAUCCAAAUGAAUAGUACUGUGAUUUCCUAGACCAAUGUGUUAAGUACAUAUUCUCAGGUUGUACUCAUGAAAUUUUUAUGAUAACCCAUUUUUAGUAAGACAUUUAUUUCUUCAUUUAAACCACAUCUUUUUUUUUUGCUGGCAUUCAAAUUUGGUUGUUUUUGUUGAGCUUUUUGUUGUGUGUAAUGAUAAUUGUUGUGUCAGAAUUUAAAUAUAAUUAGAGAAAUGUCUCACCUUAUACACUUUAUUCAAGCUAUUUAUUUGAAUGAAUAGUGCAUAUUAAAUAUUUAAGUUGUUAGUGAAUAUUCAGAGAUGUAUCAAAUUUAGACUAGAAAAAUUCAUCUGAAUUUUGAUGUUUCUAUACUUACAUUGUGCUAGUUAUUCACUCUGUAUACAAAUGUUUUGAUAUACUCCUUUACAUUGCUAAUUCAUAAUCUACUGAUGGUAUUUAUAAUUGUAGACUAAAAUUUUAUCAGAUGAAUUGAUAAUGUCAAAUUUCAAGCAGUUUUGUGUUUUUGGCAUUCAAUUUUUUUGACCUUAAAAGUGCAUAUCACAGCAUUUUAUUGUAUUUUUUGUUACUGUUUUUUUUUUUUUAACGUUUUUUUACUUCCUGCAAGUUAGAAUAAACUGGCUUGUGCUAGGCCCAAGAAAAUUAGAUUUCAAACUUGCACAUUAUAUACUGUCAAUAUUGUAUGAAUAAAUAACUUGAUAACUUGCUAGCAUAUCAUGUUGGUAUUGUACAAAAUACAUUGUACAAAAUACAUUGCUGGCAUGUCAAUACAAGAGUCUAAUUAUCUGACCAUAUUUUACUAGCAUGUUAAUACCAUGAGUUAUUUUAUAUAAUUAUAUACCUGUCCACAAUGUAAUGCUCGCAUCUGAUUUCCUAGGAGACCUGAGGGGAACAGACUGGCAGGGAUUAAUAGUCAUGUUAGAGGUGCAGUGUAGACAUGGCAGCAUACAAUGGAGCACACCAAAUGUACUUCUUGUGAAAUCAAAAUGUUUUCAUCCUGAUAUUCCUUUUAGUGCGAAGUUAUAAUCAUUAGUUUUUUUCAUUUUCUUGGGUCCAGUAUUGACAACCCUUGGCAUAAUCUGCUUAUAAAUAGACAGGUAGUGAAGAUCCUCAUUGUGUUAUCUACCUUUGUGUCCAGCUCUCGAUCAGCAAAGUUUUAUUUUAUAAUCAGCUCAAAAAAAAAUCAAAAGUUUAACUUUGUUGCCUGACAAAUGUAUGUAUAUGUAAAUUUAUGUACAUUUCAAAUGUGUUUCUGUGAGAUGUAUUAGAAGUGUACAAAUGAUGCACUUUGGAUGUUUUUGUUUUUUUUAAUCACUUACAUCAUUACUAUUCUCUGUUGGACUUAAGUUUUGUUAUUAGAACCUUCUUUUCCCUCCAUUCUUAGUGGCAGGUCAAUCUCCACCUGUUAUUAAAGGGAGAACAAGUCAAAAUAAUCAAAAGAGUAGUUGCAAUGGAGUGUUCAGUUGUUGUUUUUAUAUUGUGUACUAUAAUAUUUGUUAAAUUGUCUGCCCUUACAUGUUUUUGCAACCAUAUAGUACUUCUUGUAUUCUCGUUUGGAUCUGUGAAUGAAGUUUAUAUCAAGUUUACACCAGAAUUGUGUGAGUGUGAGUAUAUUUUACUUGCAUAUAUAUUUAAAUAUAUAUAUAGAUAGAUAGAUAUCUAUAUACAUUUUAUAAUUGAUAUUUUUUCAAGUGCCUUAUUGUCAUUUUUUUUGUUUUUGUAUGAUGUGUAAUUAAUUAGUGUAGUGCUAGGUCUAAUGUUGAUCUGUAAUGUACAGUGAUGUUAGUGAAAUGGAGCACACCAAAUGUACUUCUUGUGAAAUCAAAAUGUUUUCAUCCUGAUAUUCCUUUGAAUGUGAAUCAUUAGUUUUUUUCAUUUUCUUGGGUCCAGUAUUGACAACCCUUGGCAUAAUCUGCUUAUAAAUAGACAGGUAGUGAAGAUCCUCAUUGUGUUAUCUACCUUUGUGUCCAGCUCUUGAUCAGCUGUAUGAUGUGUAAUUAGUUAUAAUAUUAGUGUAGUGCUAGGUCUAAUGUUGAUCUGUAAUGUACAGUGAUGUUAGUGAAAUGUGCUCACAUCACUCCCACCAUUAGCUGUCCCCUACUUUAAUAAGGAUUGGAUUGUAUAUUGUUUUUAUUCUAAUGAGAAUCAACCAAUUAAAUAAAAAAAAAAACGUGAACUUAAAA